AUGCGCGUACGAACACUAGAGAUCCGUUGGCACGACAGCAAACCCAUCUCGACUUGCGACUUCCAACCGGCUUCGUUCAGGAAGGCGCGUCCAGUCGACGACAAGCACUUUGUGACCCAAUGCUACAGGCUUGCUACGGGUGGAGAGGAUAACCAUGUCAGAUUGUGGAUGGUGCACCCGAACAUCCUACCAGAGUCAGUAGUGGUGGCCUCGGGAUCGGAGGGCGCGACACCACGUCCGCCUAGAGUCGAGUAUCUUGCUACACUCAGCAGACACUCGGCGCCGGUCAAUGUCGUACGCUGGAGUCCGAAUGGGGAACUCAUUGCCUCGGCUGGGGACGAUGGUAUGGUCAUCAUUUGGUCGCCGACAACAAGCCCGCACGCCAAUGCCUUUGGAAGCGACCUCACUCCCGAUGAAUUGCAAUACGAGAAGGAGCACUGGAAGCCACGAACGACAUUCCGAUGCACGACCAUGCAGGUAUAUGAUCUCGCAUGGAGUCCUACGGGCGACUACAUCGUGGCCGGUAGCACAGACAAUUGCGCGCGAAUCUUCUCUACCAACGAUGGCAAAUGCAUGCAAGAAAUCGCAGAGCACAGUCACUAUGUUCAAGGCGUUGCAUGGGACCCUCUGAACGAGUUCUUCGCAACGCAGAGCAGUGACCGCUCCAUGCACAUCUAUAGCGUCUCCACGAAGGAUGAUGGCCUCGACAUCCACGCAGUCGGAAAGAACACACGCAUGCCACAUCGUCAUCGUCGCACGCCGAGCUCGCGCAGCCGCCCACCGAUGUUUAGACGCGAGUCAACAGUGAGCGAGACCGAGUCCGUUAUCACGAGCGCGAGCGAACAGCUGCGCGAGGAAUCAGUUGCAUCGAGCAGCCAACAACACGGCGGAGCGCUGCUCACACCCACAGCGUCGAUACCGAGUACUCCCUCAAGUAUGUUCCCGCCGCCGCUUAUGGACUACACGCCAUCGCGGAGGUCAUCGUUCAGCAGCACCAGCGCUGCGCACUCGCCGGCAACGCACUCGCGCUAUGGACGAUCACCUUCUCCUAUGCCCGCACUCCCGCCAUCCGGCCACAGGCUUCGGCCAGCUGGGCAUCACUACACGAACUUCUUCAGGCGUCUGACAUUCAGUCCUGAUGGCGGGCUGCUACUCACGCCUGCCGGCCAAUUCGAGGAUCCGUCCGUGCAGCCGGGUUCAUCCAAGAGCGAGCAACCUGCGCGAGGGCGAAAGGGCAACCCGUCACCCGGGUCGAGUGAGACCAAGGAGACGGCAUCGUCAUCAGUGUAUAUCUACUCCCGCGCCAACUUCGCGCGCCCACCCAUCGCGCGUCUCCCUGGCUUCAAGAAAGCGAGCGUCGCGGUGCGCUUCUCCCCAUUCCUCUACGAGCUGCGAUCCGGCGUGUCCUCGGGCGAGCAGAGCGAGCCUCCGACAGUGGCUAUCGGCAAAGGAAAGGAGGAGCAUGUGAACGUCGAUGUUGCCCCUCUGUCCGUUCCGACGCCCUCUUCGUCGACGUUCCUUGCGACGCCCGCGCCCUUGUCACCCACGAAGCAUUCGCCAUCGGGCGGCUCGAUUGUUCAGCCCUCACCGCGCAUCGCAAUUCCGACUGGCCCACCGAGCAUGAUGAUGCCGUCUCCCGCUCUGUCAGCGACGGAUUCGUUGAAACCACCGACGCCUAUGACAUCGCGCGGUGGUACACCGGCCAUCCCGCCUACACCUACGCCGACGGCCUCCAUCUUCUCGCUGCCGUACCGGAUGCUGUACGCGGUCGCGACUAUGGAUACCGUGGCCAUCUACGAUACACAGCAGUCUGGCCCAGUCUGCCUGCUCACCAAGCUACACUAUGACGAAUUCACGGAUAUGACAUGGUCAUCCGAUGGCCAGUGUCUGAUGCUCUCCUCACGCGAUGGUUACUGCACCAUUGUCGUAUUCGAUGAAAUCCUGCCGACGUACCACACGCAACAGCAGACGCUGCAGCUCCAGUCCAUUGCCCACCACCACUCGCUCCCUCUGACGAACUCGACGGCCGCUACGCCCCUCUCAACGCCAUCGCGGGUGUCCGCUAACCUGCCAGCGCUGACACCCACAGUGGGCAACAAACGGAAGGCGGAAGGAGAGCCGCCGCUGACCCCCGCGCCGAGCGUGGACGAGAGCGUGCUGGGGACACGCGAGCCGAGCGAGACACCCCGCGAGGAGGCCCAAGAGCCACCGAAGAAAAAGCGGCGCGCCGCACUCACUCGCAUUGGCGACGUUGGCUCGUGAGCCAUGCUCAGCUGCUACCAUGCCUAUCCAUGUUGCGUGAAUAUGUCUGUCAUCUACUCUGUUUUGUCGUCCACUGUCUGUCCCUCGAUUUGUUUUGUCUUGUCUCGUACGUCUGUUGCAGCUUAUUUCCUACAGUAUCCCGUACUCAGCGCCAGACAACCUUAAUCGCCGCCGCUGUUUCCACAGCCCUAGCUAGCAUUGUACAAGUAUAUCGACUGUGUUUGCGUUUAUCGACAACCGCCGUCUGACUGAUAGCAAGGCCGACAAAGGAUGGUGGUGCGUUCUGCAUUUGGCGUUGUCCAACUACCUGACAGUAACUUGCUCGGCUGAUCGUGUAUACCUUGCCUUCACGAAUGGAGACUUGAUCACA